CUAAAAAGUGCCGCUAUGUUUUCUAACAAUUGAAUUUAGUGACAGGCGAAGUCUGAUAUAAUCAUCCAAUGAUUACAUCCACGAUAUCGCUUGUCAAACAAACAUGCAUUUCCGAGAUAAGGGAUAGUAUAAAAUAUUCUCUCCUAACCGAUUAAAUUGUACAUUAUUGUGUUUUGGAGCAAGGAAAGCUAAUCUCAAUUCUAGCAAACAGUCGGCAGUCGGGUCAUGUGAUUUUUAUUUUUAACUUUGACUUGACAAAAUUUACACCCGGUAAGUGAUCUCAAACAAUAACAAUUCGUUUGUAUAUAUCUGUUUAUUGGUAUUAGUUUAUGGAAAUGUAUCCAUUUAACAAUAUAAUCAGACAAACAAAAUUUGUGUGUGUGUCAUUAAUAAUUAGCAAAUUAGUGCAGUUUUCGCUAUUCCAUCAUUGCCGGACCGGUAACCUCUCAUACUCAUAAUGAGGGCAUAGAGUAUAGAGCUAGGUCAAAAAGUGUUAUCAGGGCCACUGCUAACCUUUGAACUCUAUAAAUGUGGGUUGGCUUUAUAAACCAAAGCAACACACUUUAUCUUAGCUUAAAUUCAUAAACAAGUAUAUCAAUAAAUAAUAAGAGCUCAUUUUCAUUUUAUCCUCUUAGUCUUUGUUUAACCACCCAUUAAUUCAUUAAUGCAAAGAAGACUCAUUCUUACUUAGAAAUAAUAUUUUUCCGAUUAGCGAUUUUCCUAGAUAGAUGGUAACUUUAACAAAACAAUAUAAUUUUUGUAGUAUUAUAAAUUAAUAUAAAGUAAAGUGUAAUUUAAAAUCCACGUCCACUGUCAAUAUUAUAGUCAAUAAUAAAUGAGACAUAGACCUAAGACAAAUAAUGAAUUAUUUAAAUUUUAAACAUAUUCCUGGUCUUUACCCUGGCCCUGGUACUGGUUAAGUUAAGAAUCCAUAAUACCCCGCCCCCUAAAACUAUAGUAUAGGCUAGUACUAGUAGGGAGAGAUGCUACUGAAACCUUUUAGUUAGACAAGUCAGGGUUGACAACAACUGAACGCCUGUAAGUCAGAGUCCCACACCACAGAGGCAACUCGGAGGUGUCACAAGGGGUUUGCCUCUUCGUGGUGGCGUGCCUUACUAGUAGGGAGGCUCCCCCGAAGCAAAAAACCCCUGCCACUUGCAUGACUUCCAACGCUACAGAAGUAACGCAAGAACAUGAUUACUUGUUGCCGAUAAUUGACAUGAGGCCUGGUUGGCGGUUAAAACCCUUGCUGAUGAUUUUAGCUACACGGCCCUGAGAAAGCCGCUCCAAGGCGACUGUUUCGUCCCAGCUUUCAUCCUGACCAGACAGCUCCCUGGACAGUGGGGGAAGGUAACGCAACACCUUUUCAGCGUUUUCAGUCCACCGGACGUCCUCAAGGCCAGGGGGGAGGGUCCUGAUCGGCACGGUCUCGCGGCGGGGAGACCCGGUGUCGGCCCGUGUGGGGGUGUGUUGGGGGGGAAGGGGUAUUAUGAGCUUGACAACCCACCGACGCCUUCUCCAAUGGGAUGUUAUUAGUUAGGCAAGUAGUUCUCAACCUUUAUUACUCUCAGAGUCAGAGCCCUUGAUAUGACUUAUAAAUAAAUAAUUUCUAUAGGGGAGCCUCCUAGCCUGUUUUAGACUUACCAUAUGUCUUACAAGUAAAUAGGCCUAGUGUUUAGGAAUUGUCUGGAGUGGCCACCUAUUGGGAACCACGACUUAAGACAGUGUACCGGGUAACAGCAGAGUUUUGUACAGUUCUAAACUUAUAUUAAAUCUUAGCUAAAUUCACACACACAUACACUUUUUUUUUCCAAACCCCCUAUUCAAUGUAUCGGUAUACUCUUUUCUAGGUUUAAAACAUUUAAUUCAAAUAUUUUAUUGUACUUCAUAAGAUGUAUCUAUUUUUAUCCAUUAUACCUCUAUAUUCCGGUUAGCUUAAAGAGCUAAAAUGUAAUUGUUGUACACCUGACACCACAUUGUUGUACACCUGACAGCACAUUUGAAUCAAAGUAUGUCAUACACUCAAAAUGUAUUAAUUUCAAAAUAUGUAUAGGCUUUGUUUUAAAAAAUAACACAUUUUUAAAGAAAUAUUUCUAAGUAAGAAGAAGGUACCGGUAGAGAAAAAAAGUGAAAAAAGCCUUCUUCAGAAACAGUACAAACAAAAAUUAAUGGUAAAAAUAGAAAAAUAAAAACUUAGCAGCAAUGUUGUAUCCCAGAGAAUAGCAAGUGGAAUAUAUUUGUAUUUUUUACUUUUUGUUUUUAAUUUUUGCUGAUGAAGGCUUCUUGCCAACAUUUAAAUUCUUUUUUGGGGUCCUUAUCUUAGGUUUUUUCCCUAACUUCUUUUCAUCUAACCUGAUUGCUGUCUUCCCCUUAAUAUCAUAGGUAAGAAUUUAAAAUAUUUUAUUGCAGGGAAGCAACUUGUUUACAACUAAUAUUCAGGUUCGUUUCACUUAAAGACCCUGAAGGAGAAUUAAAAACUGUUUAAUUAUAUUAUGCCAUCAGUUUGGGUUGUUUUUGUUUCCUUAUUUUAGUGUUUCUUGUCUUCCACAGUCCAUUUAAAUGGUACUCUAGGUCAACAUUUCUACACAAAUGGCAGAAGAGGAAGUCACUAAGUUCUCACCCAGACAUGUGUUACAACACAGAGCAUGGGGAUGUAGAAGGGCUUUUAGAAUAAUCCAGUAAGUUUGAAAAUGCAUCACGUUAACUCAUCUAAUGAAAGUCUUAUACCUCAUUUAAACUUUUCCAUGUUUUCUAUCUUUUAUUAAUUCAUACCUACAUGCAAUAAUUGAGUAUUUUAUUUAAUUUUAAAAAAUAUUUUUGCUUUUUAAGGAAUCGACAUAACGGGUUUAUUUGGCCGGGGUCUGUCUGCAAUCUAAGUUUGGUGGUUGGGGGAAUCACUGCAGCCAGAUUCAGUCAUGUGCCAAUAAUACAGCCAAUCAAACUAAAACUGGAGACCCUUGAAGCAACCAUUCUAUUUGUUAAUGGUAAGUCUGUCACUGGUUACUAUUGUUAAAAUACGUUCAAGGGAUUAGACUUUCACGAGCUGAAAUUGUUUAUUUUCGUUUAAUUAUUUUUUUUGCCACCAGUUAACUUAGUAUAAGCGUUACAAAAAAGUAAUGAAAUAAUAUACCAGUAUAAUUUUAAUGAUCUAAAUUAUAUAAAUUUUAAAUAUAUAAAUAGCUUAAAAUAUUAAGAAUAAACAUUCAUAGAAAUAUAGAAGAAAAAAAUAUUUUUUUAAAAUUUAUUUAGCAGCCAAUUAGCCAACUUUGAUUUUUGCAAGUGUUACAGGAAAAUAAAUUAAUAUCAUCUGGUUAAAAAAUAAUUUUCUUUCACUUUUCUCUUGUUUCUUUCUCUAGAGCCCCUGAGAGCCCCUCUUGUAUGUGUUAUAAGUGGACUGGCCCUAUUCCUAACCCUGACACUUGUUAGACGCCUAGCCCUCCGAGGCCUUCUGGCAUAUAGGGCAUGGAUGUGUAUGUAUAUUUUUUUUAAUAAGUAGGCCCUUUUAAGACUAUGAAUUUGGAAAUAUGGUACCAAAACUUCAUAUAUGAUUCAAUGAUUGCAUGAUCAUGUGGGUUUGACACACAAAUAAGUCUGCUGACUAUAAAUUUGAUUUAAUGUAGUAUACACUAGUUAAGAAGAGUUGAAGGAGAAAUUAAUGUGGCAAAUCAGCAUAACUCUGAUUGUCUCCAGCCCCUUCUUGCUCCCCCCUCCCCCCCAACCAAACCAAGGCAUUCUUUUUAACAUAUUCCUCCUGGACUGAAAUAACAUAGUAGAAAGAAUUAGGUAAAUUCACUCAAAAUAAAUUUCUUUUAAGCAUAUUUUAUUUGAUAACGUAAGUCAUCUACUAAAAAGAAACCCGUACUCUUGCAGCAACUAAACUAACCAGCUUCAUCAAAUUGUAGAAACCAUCUUGUAUGAAAUCAAUGUAGGCCCCGGCCAUUUAUUUUAAUCUCAUUUAUAGAAAAUAAUGAGAAAAUAUGAUAAACGAAGGCACAUUUGAUAGCAAGCACUAAACAUCCUGAGGAGAAGGAAAUAUAUGCAAGGAAAUAGUUUUUUAUACUUUUUUUAUACUAAUAAUAUAAUACUGGUACUUCCUUAUUGUCAGGUAAUUUACUUUGUGAUAAAUAUAUAUAUAUAUUUUUAUUUGCAGAUGAAGCUUCAACGAAACGGUCAGUGUCCACUACGCUAUGGGCUAUCCUUGUGAAGUCUGUCCGUGGGUGGAGGCCAUCCCUAUACAGUCACCAAGUUGUCCUGCCUCGGCUGGCUGUCCCGCCACUGAAUCAGACAAUAGAAAAACUUGUGGCAUCCCUUGAACCUCUGUAUACAGAUAACCCUGAUGGGCUUGAGGAGCUGAGACGUGAAUCUAGAGAAUUUCUGGUAGGCAGAAAGUUGCAACAAAGUCACAUGUUAAAUUUCACAUUUACAUAUGGUACCUAUUGUUGCUUAACCGAAGCGUUCAAUUUUGUAUCAAAAAUUCAAUACAAUUUUUUUUAUGCUCACUUUAAUUAACAUGUCGACAGUAAUGUUUGCCCCUGUUUUUUAAGUUUGGUCUCUUUCAAACAUUUCACAUGGUGAAUAGAAAAAUAGUACAACAAAUUUUUGUUCAAUUACUAUACAAAUUAUUUAGAUAAUCUCUAACUUUAUGCAUUUGAUAUGGUAAAGAGAUCUGUAGGGUCCAAUACAAUGAUGGCCAUCAUGAGUGUUCAGGGGAUUUCAUUUCAUUCCUAAACAGAAAACAGUCGGGCCAAAACUACAGAGAGCUUUAAUAAUACGUUCAUGGUGGGCGGAUAACUAUGUCACAGAUUGGUGGUAAGUGUCAUUCAUUUUCUAUCACUCUGCACAUAAUCUACGUAUACUUGGGGUACCAUCUAUAUAAAUUGAUGGUAUGUACCGUUCAAAAUUAUUCGAGGCUAGUGUUCUUUACUUUCAUUUAAAAUAGUGAAAAUUUUUUCACAAAAUUUUGAUGUUUGUUUUUUUAUCAAUAUAUGGUACUGUACUAUGCCUUUUAAAUUUUAAAAGGAUUUAUUAUAAUUUUAAAAAAUGUCAAACUUGACCUAAUUAUCAUUAGAUACAAUGAGAUGAUAAGAAAAUAAUAAGAUAGUCAUAAUAAAUUUUAAAGAUAAAAAAUAAGUUUUGUUGAUACAAAUACAAGUGCAACUGAUCUCAGGCAGUGCUUGCAUUAUAUGACCAAGGGAAGGCAGGCAGAAUAAUUAAGGAGCCUUUGGCUUAUACCCUCAAUGUGUUAAGUUUUUAAGAAGUCCCCAAUAAAUCAAUAGAGGGUGAAAAAAAUAAAUCUUUAACUUGCAGUGGGGAUAAAAAGUGAGCAUGCAUGCUUAUCUUAUGGGACAUAUUUUACAAGAAAAAUAUGUGCAUUUCUAAUUAUUGCUUAAAAAGUCCAUAAAUUUAAAAUUGCUAAACAGCUCAUUUAUAACAAUUAACAUUCCAUAAUUACGAACAAGACUAGAAAAGUAAUAUAAAUUGCAUUUGAGUUCAUUAAAUUGUUAAUACACCACACCAAAAUUUAGCUUUGCAUCUUUAACAUUUUAUAAGUUUUAUUUAUUUUUUCAAAAGUUUGCUUUUAUCAAAUUUAUAAUGUAUAAAACACUUCACUUUUAAGUUGAAAAGGUAGUGCAAGAUACACUUCAGAAGAAAGGAGUGCAUUUGAAAAAUAAAGCCAUUUUUUAAAUUUACAGUUUUUGGUCGUGAACAAAGAUAGGUUACGAUUUUCUUUCAAAAUAUAAAAGUAAAUAUUUGUUUCCCCUUAGUGCAAUGUAAAUUUCAUGGAAAAAUAAGGGUACAUUUUUAUGAGAUUAAUAUAUUUCUAAAAAAAAAAAACUCAAGGCUAUUACUGAAGUGAACAUUGGUUAAAAGAUUCUUCUUUUGAUAUUAAGAUUCUGUGUUUCACGAGUUUCUGAUAAUAUAGUAGAGAAGCAAGGCAAAAGUUUGGUUAAAUUUUUAAAGAAGAUACCAAUAUGUAUAAAAAAAACUUAAAUACCCGGCAUUAAAGAAAUUUAAAAUGGUCUAUAGAAUUUGAGGAAUUUAAAAAAAAAAUUUUUUUUAAAGUUCAAGGGCACGAAAGGGAUAAUGGAAGCCUAGACUAUUAUAUGAUAGCAUUAUAGCAUAUAAUUAUUUCUAAAAACUAAAUGAUGUAAGUUUGUUAAACAAAAUGCUUAGCUAAGAGGUAAUUCUUUUUAAACAAGGAAACUCUGAUUAACCAUUUCUAAAUAUACAUUUCAAGGGUGUUGAAUAUUGUCGUACUUUGUGGGGGNGGGGGGGUUUUAAGGAUGUAAAAAUAAAACAUCAAAACCCCAUUUAGUACUAUAUGUAAAAAUUAAGGCAUGGUUUAGAGAGAAAGGGGGAAAGGAACUAGUGAAGAUCUCAUGACAAGAAGACGAACCUAGCUAUAAAUAUAGUGAUGUAAAUGGGCAUAGCUUAGUGGACACUAACUCAAAUCUUAACAUUAAAUCAUUAAUCAAAACCGUACCCUUAAGAAAAUAAAGACAAACAAAAUUAAUAUUUUUAAAUAUAUUAAAUAUCAUUUACAAAUGACGCUAAUACACACAAAAAUGAAUUUUUAUAAACUAAUAUAUUUUGGAUGUAUUGGCAUAAUAUAAUAUGAUCUAUAAUGACAGUUAUAUUCAAAUAUAUAUCCAACGAUAAAUUAACUUAUAUUACCAGAUAUAUUGAUAGAAUCAGUGUCAGUGAUUUAUUUUUACCAAAAAAGACAGUUUAUUUGUAAAUCCCUUGAGUAUUAUUUCUAAAAGGGAAAACUAUGUUUAUCUGAUGGGACGAAGUCCGCUGCCUAUUAACAGUAACUAUUACAUCAUGGACCAGAGCUACUGGACACCAACAUCUCGGCAAUGUGCGAGGUAAAUUCUUUAUGCAUUAGUUAUUUGAUAAAAAAAUUUACUCUGCAGACUGCCCACAACAAAUUUUUUUGGGGGGGGAUCAAAUUCUUGAAUAAAAAAGAUUAAUGGGACACAAACAAUUUGUGUAAAUAGAAACACUAUAGGUUAAAGUUAAAGUUUGUUCUAUAAAUGGAAAUAUGACUAUGAGAUGUGUAACGCUAAGAGAUGUGUAACACUACUAGAUGUGUAAAUCUAUGAGAUGCGCAUACUCUGAAAAUACUUAAUGCUUAUGGAGAUAAAUUUACUUCUUUCAGUCUGAACUUAUAACUUGGUCUCUAAAUUCUGUUUGAGCAGAGCGGCUGGUGUCUUGUACCAAAUUCUCAGAAUAAGGGAGGCAAUCGUAACAGAGGAGUUGGAGCCCUUGGUUAUAAGGGAGACAGUCCCAGUUUGUAUGGAGCAGUACAGAAGAAUAUUCUCUACCACCAGGUGAGGCAAUGUAACAACCAUUAUUGUCUUUGAAAAGUUACAAGUAACAUAGUAGUUACAAAAAGGAUUCUUCAUGGUAUCAAAUUUUUUUUUACCCAUAACAGAAAUUUGAAGAACGUGGUCAUAAAUAGGUAAAACUUAGACAUUUUAAGCAGAUUGAAGAGGGUGUCACAGUCACAUUGACAAUUUAAACUAUAACCCAAUUGUGAUAUUUUAAAUUUUUUUCCUCCCUUCAAAAAAAAAAAUUCUGCAUGUUCAUGUUUACCAAAAAGUUUACUUCUAUAUUAUUGUGAUAUGUUCAAAUUUACAUUCAUCUAAUUCCACAUGAGAGCAUUAUAGUUUUAAUAGUGUAGUUCUACAUGACUGUUCCAAUAUCCUUUCAUAAAAGCUGACAAAAACACAUGUCGCAUGAUCUUCAAAAGUCCCAACAUUAAUAUCUCCAUAUUUUAAAGCCAUCAAAAGAAUUUCAAGGUGAGAAUUUCUCUCUAAAUAAACAUCUAAUGUGUUAUUUCUUUCAGAGUUCCUGGUGAAGAAAUUGACAAGUUGGUCCAUUACCCAGCAAGCAAGUCACAGGUCAGUUCUCUUGUUGGUGGUUUUAGUUUGAGUAUAGUUUGGCUUUUAAAUUCUUUGUACCGGUACAAUGAAUCCAAAUCAACAACAACACUCCCCCACACCACUUUUCCAGAAACAACUUUUAUUCUCAGUAAGUUAGUUGAUAACUUUAUACAAACAAAUGUGACUCUUAUGACAGAAAGAAAAGAAUAAUAUAAAGAAAUGUAGAUUUGCAUGUACUUAAGUUACCCAGCGUAUAACAUCCUGAACUCAGAGUCAGGUGACGUUAUGAUGGGCGUGUCAAAGAUAUGCCAUGACAUUUUAGGUGGCAUGGCAGCAUUAACAACAGUCAUGUAAUGUUACUAUCAGAAACCUUCAGUCAUGAAUUAAGUGAAGAACUUCAACUGCAAUCCCAUUAUAUUUAUAUCUAACUUUCUUUAAAUUAGUUUAGCCCCCCCCCCCCUUUACUUUCAGUUCACAUAUAAAUAAAUAUAUCAAAAUAAUUGAUUUUAGCAUAUCGUGGUCAAUAGACGUGGAUUAUUGUAUAAACUGGACAUAACAGAUUAUUACGGCCGGUUGGUCAGUCCUUGUGACCUUGAGAGACAAUUGGAAUGGAUUCAGGCUGAUGCCGACACUAAAUAUUGUAAGCUUAAAAUGUCUGUUUCAUCCAGCAACUUGUAUGCUAUCUCAAGUCAUUACUUUUGUAACUACUGACAACUUGUGUUAAUUAAUAUGUUGUGAUCUCUCUGGCUUUGCUAGGAGAAAAUACAAAGUACCGGUAAAUACAUUUAACAGAGCUAAUGUUUAUGCAUUUUGUUCCGCUUAGUAUUAUUUGAAAUCCUUCAAGUUUUUGUUUUGCUGCUUUCCUAGCUGAAAUCCCAGAGGCAGAACGACUCAUCCCAGUGUUGACAUCAAUUGACAGGACAACUUGGGCCAGAACAAGGUCUCAGUAUUUCUCAUUGGGUGUCAACAAGGAAAGUCUAGAUGUGGUAGAGUCUGCAAUAAUGUAUGUAAGUGAUUUGGCCUUACUCUUUUCAUGCAGUUCGUCCUUAACAUUUCAGCAAUGAGUUAUCAAUGCCGUGAUUGAGCCUCAAAGUAGGCCUACUAUCUACAUCACAGUUUGUUAGAAUUACGAGUACAGUACCAAAUGUUUCAUGUUCAGUGUUUUAGAAGCACUAAACCCUGUCAUGUAAUGUAUGUUAGUAUGGUAGCAAUCCGCUUAUCAAGUUCACUCUCUAAUUGGUCCUCAACAGCUUGUGUUGGACACCAUUCAGUAUCCAGAUCUCUCGUCAAGGGCAGCCCACCUGCUGCAUGGGGAUGUUGGACUUUUCUGGUUUGACAAAUCUUUUGAGGUGGGACAUUUUACUCUUAUAAAAUGAAUAGUCCCGUGUCUAUGUGUGUGUGUCCUUUUUUUAGGGUGGGCGUGUUUAGUGUAGCUGCUUUAAAAUUACAUUAAUAGAAGUAAAAUGAACUUAAUUUUGGUCUGGGGAGGGGGUUAGUCUGUAGCAUUAUCAGUGUUGAGGAUUUGUUCUGAGUUUUUUGUUUUGGCUUGUGUUUGAUACUGAUACUUGAUUUGUUAGUGAGCGUAGUUGGUAUGGAGAUUAAUAGUGUAGCUAUUGCUAUGGGGUGUUGGUGAGCUUAUUUGGUGUGGAGAUUAAUUGUGUAGCUGUUGCUAUGUGGUGUUAAUGAGCUUAUUGGGUGUGGAGAUUAAUUGUGUAGCUGUUGCUAUGUGGUGUUGGUGAGCUUAUUGGGUUGCAGAAAGAUAGAGAUAGUGGAAGGAAGAAGGCAUGCUGUGGAGUUUAUUGUUGAAUGAAGAACCGUAUGAGAUAUUGAUCUUGGAGUUGUUACUAAUUACCCAUAGAAUAAAUAAGCUAUUGAAUUGCUUAUUCAAUUAGCAGUUUGUAACAAUCACUUGAAGAAAACUGUUACAUUCUUUAUGAUAUGAUAAUUAUGUUUUGAUAUCAAUGUCUAACCAAAUACAACAGCACUAAUAGGUACUAGUGAACUACUAGUAAUAGGUUUGUGGACCUGAUGAUACUUCCAGAAACAACAAGAGGAUACUAAUACUCGUAAAUAGUUCUGUGGACCUGAUGGUACUUCCAGAAAUAACAAGAGGGUCACUCAUUUUAUAAAAUUUCUUUCAGUUGAUUGCCAUGACAGACGGCCAUGUUGGUCUGAACUGUGAGCACUCUUAUGCUGAUGCCCCAGCUGUUGGACAUGUGCUGGAAUAUAACCUGACCUAUGAGUGAGUACUUGGUCUAUUUAAGGAAACUUGGACACAUUACGAUACUUGCCAGGAGUCAACCUAAUGUUAUUAGCAGUCAUCCAAGACCCAUAAUUGCCAUGACUCCCUGCUUGAAUCCCAGAAUUUUUAAAAAGAUAUCAAAGCAUUUACACUGUUUAAGUUUAAGCUGUCACAAUCUAUAAUGUGAAUUAACCCUGGAACCCACACAGCUUUACAAUAGGGAAAAUAAAUGAAGGACUGCGUUUAAGCCAAAUUGUUCACAUCUAAAUGUCCUUUCUUUUGAUUCAAGCGUCUACGUACCUUGUUCUACUAUUUACAGUAGGAGCCAGAUAUGAAAUGUUAUGACAAGGCUUUUUUGAAAACAUUUUUUGGUCCAUUUUUAAACAAUUUACUCAUGAUCUCAAAUGUCUUAAAGUCUAUUCGAUUUUCUUGCUAAUUAAACAAGCAGCCAUUAGCCCUUUAAUUUAAACGGUACAUAUCUUCAUGAACUUGGCAUCUUGUUUGGGGUCUGUACCUCGAAGUUUUGUUCUUACAAUGGGCGCAUAAUUGGACUUUAAAAAAUGGUUGACUCGCACACACAUAGCUGCUGAUGUUCAUUUAAUUUAACAAUAUCAGACCCCAUUUGGUUGCUCUAAACCUAAUAUUUUUGUCUCCCACCUCAGAGUUCUAGGAGGUCUGUAUUCCCCCGAGGGUCAUUGCGUUGAUGUUCAGCCAGUGGGCAUUCCCACCAGACUGAAGAGCAAACCAAGCCUGUUGCAAUGGGAAGUUGAUGCAAAAUUGGAAGCUGUCAUAUCCAGUGCUUGCGUGCAGGCCAGCAAGGUUAGGAAUUUUAUUAUGUUGAUUACAUGGAGUCUAGAAAUGUUGAUGUCCAACUGCAACAAAGUUAAUUUUGGUUUCUAUUAUCUAGAUAUUUCAAUCAGUAAUUAAUAUAUUUACAGAUAUUGAACACACCAGUAAUUUUGCUGAGAGAAAUAACAUAAAUUUGCCAGCAAUUGUAUGUCAUUGCAGAACAUCAAAGACCUUGACCUAUUGAUCUGCGACCAUGACAGGUUUGGGAAAGGUACCAUGAAAAAGUGCAAAGUUAGCCCUGACGCUUUCAUUCAGAUGGCACUAAAUGCAACCUACAGACGCCUAACUGGUAUCGCUGUCCUUACCUAUGAGGUACACAAAGUCCUUACAGGCGUGGGGGUGUCAUUCAUAAGGGGAAUGUGUAGACAGGCCUAGGGGAUGUCAUUCAUAAAGGCAAUGUGUAGAUGAAAAACAAGAAUAGAAGGAAAUGGCUUUGACAAAUUGUGAAUGGAGGAAGUUGGGGAAAAUUCAAUUGAUUGAGCAGCCAGGAGAAUGGGGUUUUGGGAAUAGAGUUAAAAUAGAGAUGGGAAAGCCAGGAAGCAUUUAAGUUUAAGAGCUGGGAAGCUAAAAGUCAGCACAAGUUGCUAAAUCUUUCAUCAUUUAUUUGGAAUCAAUGUCUUCAAUUCCUUCGGCCAUUUUCAAGAGGAUGACUCUUUAUGUAUGCAUUGCAUCCGGGGUAACCUAAUAUUGUUGAGUGCAAUGAUAAAUCUGUACACUAAUGUACAAUGAUUAAUACGUACACUAAUUCAUAAUGAAUAAUCUUUACAAUUUUUAAUCUGUGCACUAAUGUACAAUGAUUAAUCAUUAUUAAAUUGGAGUACAAUUAUUAAUUUUUACACUAAAGUAAAAUUAUUAAUCUGCACAUUAUAGUACAAUGAUUAAUCUUUAUACUAAAGUACAAUGAUUAAUCUGCAUAUCUGUCCACUGAUUUUGAAAUGUUUUCAGGGUCAAUCUUAUUUUUGUAUUUCCUCCAUCAGGCAGCCAUGACACGCCUGUACAAAAAUGGCAGAACAGAGACAGUUCGCUCCCUUACUAAAGAAGCCAAUAACUUUGUUGUAGCGUUGCUCGACAGUAGCGUGCCGAAACAAGAGAAGAGACGCCUUCUUGUCACUGCCUGUGACAAGCAUACCGUCAUGUACAAGGAUGCCAUGAAUAACAAAGGAAUCGACAGACACCUCUUUGCCCUUUAUGUUGUCAGCCGGGGCCUUGGAAUGGUAGGAUGACAAGUGGUUAUAAAGAUGUGCAUGGAGUUUUGUAGUUUUAAAAAAAAGCAACUAAAUUUCCCUUGUUUAAAAAGUUUCUAAAUUCUGAAUGUUUUAGACAUGAUUGUAUUCACAUUGUCCACAUAAUUAUAUAAUUCUGAUGAAUCAGUCUGGUUAUCUACUUCAAAAUUCCCUUACUAUGACCUGGCAUCACAAGGCUAACCAUAACCCUAUUUACAGCAAAUAUUUGAGAGGAGGGUGAAGGUUAUAAUCAACAACUAUAAAUAAUUAUUAAUUUUGAAUGAUAUACUGGUGACAUCAAAAUAAUAAGCCACACCUUUUUGAGAGUAGUCACUUUCAAAUAUCUAGGAGCUACUAUAAAUGAGCACAAUUAAAAAAUGUCUGAGGUGAAAGAAAUGAUAACAGCAGGCAGCCUAAAAAACUACUACUACUACCGGUACUGCUAGUACUAGGAACCAAAAACCUCUCAAGGAGAACAAAGAAGGCAACAUACACCACCAGUAGUAUAAGACCAGUAGUGAUUUAUUCAAAUUCAAGUGAGACUUGGUCCCUUACCACAAAACCUGCUCAACACAUGGGAGAGGAAAAUACUCAGGAUUUACAUCAGCUGGGGUCUGCAAAUGCAGGUGGAAAGCCAUGGAUCGAACAUAAGGAUGUGGUGGAACAGGCGAGGGCCCUACAUGGGCUUUAGGACCUCUGAUGCUGAUUAUUGAAUGAUGCUUCACAUGGUUUGGAGUGUCAAAGUAUCAGCAUCAAAGAGUGGAUAUUUCAAACAGUGGCCUAGCCUCCUCUCCUUAUACAUGAAAUCAAUAAGUUGUUUGAGAUUAGAAAAUUAUUUUGGCUGGUGUGUUCGAAGGCCAGCUAUUUGCUGAUAUAUUGUAAGAUUUGGUUACUUAAUACUGAUACCCUACAGUUGCUUAUAAUUAUAGAAAUAUAUAUAUAAGUAUAGGAUGUGGUAAAGGUAUGUUAAUAGCCUAUAACAGUUCAUGUGUAUCAUCCCACAGGAAAGCGAGUUCCUCAAGAAAGUCUUGUCUAUACCAUGGGUCUUGUCUACUAGUCAGCAGCCACAACAGCAGGUACUGAAUAACUUUUUAAUUUAUUUGUUUUCAUUUUAUCACAUGACCUAAGAAGUUCAAAGAUAAACAUGAGUGGACUGAACUGUGUUGCCUUUUCAAUAAUCAUGGUGAGGGAUUUAUACAUGGGCAGAUACGUUUAUGCCUUUUAAUAUGCAAUCAGGGACAUGCAUUAACUACCCCAUUUUUAUAUGCAAUCAGGGACAUCCAUAAACUACCCCAUUUUUAUUUUGCAAUCAGGGACAUGCAUAAACUACCCCAUUUUUAUAUGCAAUCAGUGACAUCCAUAAACUACCCCAUUUUUAUUUUGCAAUCAGGGACAUGCAUAAACUACCCCAUUUUUAUAUGCAAUCAGUGACAUCCAUAAACUACCCCAUUUUUAUAUGCAAUCAGGGACAUGCAUUAACUACCCCAUUUUUAUUUUGCAAUCAGGGACAUGCAUAAACUACCCCAUUUUUAUAUGCAAUCAGUGACAUCCAUAAACUACCCCAUUUUUAUUUUGCAAUCAGGGACAUGCAUAAACAUAAACUACCCCAUGAAUCUUUUUUUUAAAAAAAGGAUACCAAAUUUGUGAUGAGCUAUUAUGAAGGUGUCUAAGUUGUGGGACUAAGGGGGAUUGGGGCAAAUUAUGUCAAAAUAGUAUGAAGUCAUUUAUGUAUGGCCGCUUAUGGGGUAUAUUAAAAAUGUAUGGGAAAAUAUUUUUUACUUAGUCUGGUCAAAAAAGAAUUUAAAAUAAUGAUAGCACAAUCUAUGAUGAGAUCAGCCCAUUAUAGGAAGUAGUUAUAAUAAUAUAUUUUCGUGUGUCUUGUUGACUUAAUUUCCAUGGUUGUUACAGAUCUCAUGGUCACCUGACUGCAAUGAUGAGAAAUACAGCCAUCAGCUUUGUCCUGGUGGAGGUUUUGGUCCCGUGGCCACCGAUGGAUAUGGUGUGUCCUACAUGGUGCCAGGCGAUCGACGCAUUUUUUUCCAUGUGAGCUCGCGUCGGUCAUCGGGCAAGACGAGUUCAGCAGAGUUUGUGGAAGCCCUUAAAACAACCAUGAGCGAGAUGAGGGAUUUAUUUACUGCAGAUUGAGAGUCCAUUUGGCACAGCGUAUGAGAUCGACCCAGCCAUUAAUUCAGCCUGGUCAAGUGAAAUCAUGGGUCAACAACAACAUGGAAGCUAUCAUCAUGAAACAUUUUAAUCCAACUGUUGUGAACCCUUUUCAGUCAUUGUACCCCUUGGCCCUAGCGUCACAUACCCAUUAUUAACUGGCAAUAUAACUUGAAUUUCUACCAAAAGAAACUUCACUUACAUCUUGGCUCCCAUGAGCUUUUGCUUGAGAACUGCUGUUGUUUCAAAGGAAUCAUUUACAGUUAGUUUACAGUAUUUGAAAAUAAAAAUUUAUUGACAAAAAAAAUAAGCAUAAACAAGCGAGGACAGGCCAACAAUAAAUAAUUUGUAAAUGUAUUUGCUCAUUAUUGUCUUUCAAUUUAUAUUUUAAGUAUCUGUAUUAUAUCGGUGGCCUCUAUUUUACUUACCGUACCAGAUCUCACAAGAACAAAUGACAGAAAAACUUUGACAAAUGUUAGAAACAUGUUGUAACAUAAGAUGCAUUGUAAAUGUCAUCAAGAAAAAGAAAGAAAGAAAGAAGGACUUGUCAAAUAUUUGUUGAAUAACAGUAUUUGGGAUACACUUAUAUUUUUUAUAUUUAUAAUUUAAUAUAACCUAGUUCGUGGUAUGUUACCAUUCCAUGUAUUCUAUGUAAACGCCCAAUAAAAUUGUGUUUUAAUUAUAACAAUUAUUAUUAAAAUACCAUGUUGAAUUAUUUAUAUAAUAGUCCGGUAUAAAAGUUGAGUCAAUGCAAGAGUGUGGAUGUAGUUGCAGAUUUAUGGAGGCACACCUGCAGUCUAUCACAAAGGCAGGAAAAAAAAUAUUGACUGUGGCUGUAAACUGUACAAAAAAUCUACAAUGGGUCCUGCCCGCAAUGAUUAUUUAUUUUAAACAUUUCUCAUUAAAGGUAAUUAUUUGUGAUAUGUAAACCUAUCCCGGGUGCAGGAAUAUUUUUACUUUAAAUACUGAGAAAAGUGCGUGUGUACAAUUGAUACUGUUAUUAAAACACAUGUCUUUUCUGAAAUUAUACAAAGAUAUUUUUAAUCCCUCUACAUAAAUUGAAAUUUUAUUUGCAAAUUUGUAUUAGUUAAUUAUUGUUGCUAUUGUGUGUGUUUUUGUGUGUAGGUAGGUUGUGCAUUUAUUUGGUGUCCGGAAACAUGUACAAAAACAAUUAAACAAUCAAAUGUUGUUCGAAUGGAACUUAGUUCAAAUUGACAUUUUUUGGAAUUGAAAUUUGCACUACAGAUAUUUGUAGAAAUGGAAUUUUUUAACAAUCAAAAUAUGGUAUUUUAUUAUAGGUGAUUUCAGUAAAAGAAAAUAUUAACAUUAAAAUAAAUGUAUGGCAUAAUUUUGAUAAGUUUUGUUAUGAGUGCUAAUUUUUUAUAAUACUAUUUAAAUUUAUCGACAAUUUAAAAUAAAUAAAUACAAAAAAUGUCCAUUUGAACAAAUCUCCAAUAAAAAAAAAUUUAGUUCAAACAUUCUUUCAUACAAAAUAUUUUUGUAUUUAAUUCCGGGCACGCAUCCAUUUUGCUAGCCAUUAUACUUUGUUACGGUACUCUUAUGGCCAAAAUAUUUUCCCUGUGGAAAACAAAAAAAUCAAAAUAAAUUGUAAUUUAUUUACAUUUUGUUUAUUGAUUUCUUUGACUGAUGAUCC